AUGGAUUUUUCAAAGCUUCAAAUACAAAAUCUAGUUAAAAGAAACGACUUAACUCAAAAGAUGCUUAGUGUCACUAAUAAUGUUAAUAAUAUAAAUAACACUAUCCCACAACGAAUUGCAUCAGAGCGUAACAGAGAAUACAUAUUAAUUAAGAACGAGGAUGGUCUCGCGGGGUAUACAAUGGUAACUAAUAGUGCCAUAAAGUCGAACAAUUCAACCGGGAAAGGAUCGGGCACAAUUGAUGAGCCAGUGAAUUUAGAUGAGAGUUCUGAAUCUGAUGAAAAAUCAAUAUCAGGCUCCGAAAAUGAAUGGGAGGAAGUUGAUUUCGCUUAUUCAGGUGCAGCAAGUGACACUACUGGACAUGAUGGGCUUCAAAAUGGAAUGGAACUAGAAAAUGAAUCUGAUGACUUGUUAUUAAAUUCAAAUGCUUAUGUUGAUGACGAUGAACCUAUUGAAUCCGUUAUGAAAAAAUUUAAUAUACUUGAAUCACAAAAUUUACAAACCUUUAAUAAACUGUCUAACAGAGAGAUUAGUUUGGUUGAUAACCUAAGUGACGAUCAAGGUUUUUCUAAAUCUUAUGAACCAGAUUCUUUAGACUCAUUAUAUGCUAUUUGGUUGUCACGAAUUUCACCGGCCUUUCAAAGAGAGUACCAUGAUCAUGAUGAAAGAAUCCAUAAAGCAAUAUAUGAAUGGGAUGAUAGUGAUCUUGAAGAACAAAAGGCUUUGGCUAUUAAACGGUUAGGAAAAUUAAAGGAGGGCGAUGAUGAAAAGGAUGUGGCUUUGAAUUUUUGGCUUGAAUUUUUAAAUGCUACGAUCCAAUUUCGUAGAACACAUUCACCUUCCUUUCGAAAAGAUAAAGCAGACAGUUCUUCGUCAGAAAAUAUUAAUAAAGAAGCUAAUUUAUAUAUAGAUUCCGUCUCAUCAACGAAACCGUCAAACAUUGUGAUUAAUGAGAAUCCUGACCUUAAUAAGUUUAACGGUAAGCGAUUAAUGCACGAGAUUUUGAAUCCUACUGAACAUUUGAAAGACACGAACCCAUACAUGAUUAAGACAAAUAAAUUAGUACAGAUGAAUUUCGAAUCCUUUAAUUUGCCAGUGGCCUAUGAUACUUCGUUGGCCAUUAAUUUUAGAAGAAGGUUGUCUAAUAAAGUAUCAAAGAAACUUAAAAAAACACCUCGCCAAAUAAUAAUUAGAGAAAUCAAACCUAUAAUUCCGAAUGAAGAUUUGCUUGUAACUGAUUUGAUGAAUGAUAAGCAAGCUAACACAGGUUCUAAAUCGUCCAUUCAAGGAUCAUCACAUUGUAUUAUUGACGACGGAAAAAUUAAAUUGGAUGAUUUUGAGUACGAAUUGCAUAAUGACAUUAAUACAAUAAAAGCUUCAGAGAAGGAAAUAUUAGACAAUGAUGAUCACCUGAUUAAAACCGAUCAAAACCAUUUACUUUUAAAAACAGAUGAUUUAAUUCAGGCAGAUUUGUCAUAUAAUGAUGAUAAGAUUAUGUCAAUAUCUGAAGAAGUCGGUAUGGAAAAAAGUGAUUUAACAUUUCAGAAUUUAAAUUUUGGAACUGCCGAAUUACAUCAUUCACAAUGUAACGAGGAUUGUUCAGAAAUGGAUAUAAAAGAUUUAACAUCUGCUAACAAUAUUUCCUUAAUACAUCAACGCAAUGGAUCUAAAAACAACGUAAUCGAUUUGACAUCUGAGCCUGACAACCAAACAGAUGUUUCAGCCAAAAGUGAUAAUGAAAUAUCGUCGUCUGAUGAAGAUGCGUUCGGAUCACGUGAAGAACAUGAUAAUUCAGACGAGGAUAUACCUGAACAAUUAACAAAGGAAACCUCCGAAUUUGCUAGGUUUUUAUCCGAAUUACAAAAUAAGGACUUAGGUUCAAUACAGAAAGAAUUGACUAAUGAAAUCCAACAAUUAAAUGAACAGCAAAGGAAAGAUAAACGCGAAGUUGAUACUGUGACUCAAUCAAUGAUAAAUGAUUGCCAAAAACUUUUAAAAUUGUUUGGCAUUCCAUAUGUUAUCGCACCAAUGGAAGCUGAGGCACAGUGUGCUGAAUUAUUGCGACUUAAAUUAGUUGAUGGCAUUAUUACAGAUGAUAGUGAUGUAUUUUUAUUCGGAGGCACAGAAGUAUAUAAAAAUAUGUUUAAUCAGCAAAAAUAUGUCGAGUGUUACCUCGCACAAGAUUUUGAGCAAAUGUUAAAAUUAGAUCGUGAAAAAUUAAUACGACUUGCAAUUCUCUUGGGAAGUGAUUACACUGAGGGUCUACCUGGUGUUGGAAUUGUUAGCGCCAUGGAACUUUUGAAUGAAUUCCCUAGUGACGAUGGUCUAGAACAGUUUAAAUCUUGGUGGUUAAAUGUGCAAAGCGGGAAAUAUGUUCCGGAUAAAGAUGAAAGCGACUUUAAAAAGAAGUUUCGACGAAAAAUGAGAACGCUUUUUUUACCGUCAGACUUUCCAAGUCGUCAUAUCCGGAAUGCAUAUAUGAAUCCGCAAGUAGACGAUUCAAAAGUCCAAUUUGAAUGGGGUUUUCCUGAUUUGGAUGACUUACGAAGCUAUUUGAAAGAAAAUCUAUCAUGGUCUGAAACUAAAGUUAACGAAACUCUUGUACCGCUUAACGAAAAGGAUGAAAAUGCAAAAAAGAUAAAUACACAAACUUCUUUGGAUGAUUUCUUUGAUCUUUCUAACAGCAACAGAAAGCACAAAAGUGCAAGAAUUCAACGUGUUGUUGAUAAUUGGAAUCAGCCAAAUAAUACUUCUAGUCUCGAAAGUUCAACUUCGAAAAGUGGAUCAGCGUCAACCCCAAAGUCUAAAAGAAAAUAUUUAGAUCCAGAUAGUUAUAGCGAGGUGAGUGAUCAAGACAUUGAUGUUAAGGUUGUAAAGAAGUCAACUACUAGAAAGAAAGGUAUAAAGUCAAUUACUAAAAAGUUAUCAAAAAAUGUGAAUACCAAAAGAUCAAAAACUGCAGAAGGUACUCAAAAAGUUGAUGUGUUUAGAAUGUUUCUUUUUAUAUAUGGGAUGGGUGUUAAGAAAUAA